UAUCUAUCCGCAAAUAAAUGUGCUCAGGUCUCACAUGUUCGAACCCGAGUCAACAAAGGGCCGACGCCUACUGGCGUCCAUCGUGGGAACUCAAUGGUGGAUGCCAUCCCAUGCCGAUGUGGCGCCUGCAUGGCAACUGAAAGGUCCUUGUUUGGGUGUUUGAGCCCGAUGCUUUUUGAUACCAAGACAAUCUGAAACUACGCAACUUCCUAUCUCGUCCCGCCGUUGCGAAGGAAGCUCAUUCCAGUCAAUGCAACACCGUGCGAUUGCUCCAACCAUGUGCUCCCCAUGGUCCUUGGGAGCUCGCAAGCAUGCCCUCGCAAAGGAGACAGGCAAGGCAGUUUUGUGCGGGGAACCUCCUUCAGAGAGUUCGUCGUCUGGUCCUUUCCGGAAGCUUCAAGCAGGAGCGUCAACCCUGGUGUCAGUCAGCCCCUUGCUAGUGUAUUGCCUGGUUAGUAACCUCAUCUGCCUUGGUCUGGCCUCCCGAGGAACCUAUGCAUUCAAUGUAUACCCAGGCGCCGCAAUCAGAGCUACCAUAUUAAUUACUCCGACCGGCAUCACGGUAGGGAAGCAAAGAUACGCGAGCCGUAUCAGGUUUGAUGAUGAACAACGGGUUUCCUGGCACUGGGGCAUGACAGCACGGGUAUCAGAGCAAUAUAAGAACCGAUUGGACUACAGCUUCCAUUCGUUCGGCGGUGGAAGCACGAGAGUGGCGUGGCUUGGCCGUCUCACGAAUGCCUCUGAAAGUCGGCCAUUUCUGGGGCAUUGUCCUAUGAUCACGAAGAAUCAUGCCCCUCCGGGAUACGCCACAGAUGGUUACUCUCCAUGUCAACCGUUUCAUUGGGCCCUUGAUACCUAGACUUGCGUGUGUAGGCUCACCCACGCGAGAAGGCUGGGUUUUAUGGCAGCAGCUGCUAGAGAUGCAUGUUCUAUCCUUUGGACAAUUAUUGCCAACACCCUCUUGCCAGAAAAAACAUCAAAAGGGGAGGCACGAGCUGCUACAAGGGUAGAAUGUGCUCAACGAAGCUCUUCUGG